AUGGCGCUGAUCGAAGAGCCUGACGAUGAUGGCACAACUGUCACAGCUGGAUUCCAAAAUGAAGCGUUUCGCCUCAGGUCUUACCAGGCUGAGAUGGUGGAGGAGAGCCUGAAGGCGAACAUCAUCGUCGCCAUGGAUACUGGAAGCGGCAAGACCCAUAUAGCUCUUGCCCGCACUGCUGCUGAGUUGGAAACCUGCGAUCCCAAGAAGUUGGUUUGGUUCCUAGCGCCCACUGUCACGUUGUGCGAGCAGCAAUUCGAGGUCUUCAAGUCGAACUUGCCAGGUUAUGGGAUCCAGGUGCUGAGUGGUAGGGAUGAUGUCGACCAUUGGACAGAGCAAAGCAUUUGGGAUGCGGUGCUCCACAAUGUCCGCAUCGUCCUAUCGACGCAUCAAGUGCUUCUAGACGCACUCACCCAUGCGUUUGUCAAGAUGAGCCAACUCGCUCUAAUCAUUUUCGACGAAGCGCACCAUUGCAUCUCGAAGCACCCCGCAAACCGGAUUAUGUCGCAUUUUUAUAUGCCUCUUGUACAGAAAGCUAACGAAGAACAACUGCCCAGGAUCCUUGGUCUAAGCGCGAGUCCAGUGAUGAAAGCCAAAGCUAGUGGCAAUGACAUACAGUGCAUUGAGGAGAAUAUGAAUGCAAUAGCUAGGACACCAAAGAUACACCGUUCGGAAUUGCUACGCUUCGUAUGCAAACCAAAGUUACUCCGAGUCGAUUAUUCCGCCAUCGUGCCAUCUCUCACCCUUCUACUUGCCUCGUUGCAAAAGGAAUUCCAAUCAUACAACUUAGAGACCGACCCAUACGUGGUUUAUUUGCGCGCAAAACAGCAAGAGGGCCAUGACACCUCGCGGCAAUUACAGAAGGUCGCUAUGAGCGGAAGCACGUACUGUUAUCAGCAGUUGAAAACCCUCGCAACAAAGUGUCAAGCCAUGUCAGAAGAGCUAGGCCCUGGUGCAGCAGACUGGUACCUGGGUCAGUGCAUCUCCCAGUUCGAUUCGAUGAUUCGCAUUUCAGACCAGCAUCUCGUUGAGUGGUCUGUGGAAGAGAAGCAGCACCUGUACGGAAUACUCAAGCGACUGAAUUUUGCAGAAAGCUCAGAGAGCUCAUCCAUUCCCUUGGAUGCGCUAUCGCCAAAGGUCGAAACCUUGAUCGAUGUGCUAGAGGCAGAGGCUUCUCCGGAUUUCACCGGCCUUGUUUUCGUUCAGCAGCGAGUGUGGGUAGCUGCAUUAGCUGAAAUACUCUCCACCCACCCCCGGACUAAGGAUCUGUUUAAGAUUGGCACCUUCGUCGGGACAUCGCAGUCUACGAAACGCAAGGCCAAGCUUGCAAAUUUUGCUGAGCCGAAGAAUCAGCAAGACACUCUGGACCAUUUUCGGGCGGGAGAGAAAAACCUGAUUCUUGCGACUAGCGUCCUUGAAGAGGGCAUUGAUGUGUCAAGUUGUCGUCUUGUCAUCUGCUUUGAGAGCCCAAAGAAUCUCAAAUCUUUCGUCCAACGUCGUGGGCGGGCCAGAAAGCAAGAGUCAAAGUACUUCAUUUUUCUUCCUGCAUUGGGAAAGAUGCAUUCUCCCGAGGCCUGGCAAUCCCUUGAGGAAGAGAUGAAAGCUGCGUACCUCAACGACCUAAGGCAGGUCAAGCAGGCAGAGGAGAGAGAGCUGAUUGAGGAAGAAGGUGAACGAUUCUAUCAGGUACCAACCACCAGGGCACUCCUCACCCUUGACAACGCAUCACCACAUCUUCACCACUUCUGUGCUCUCCUCGGCUCCGGUCCGUAUAUUGACGCGAGGCCUCAGUUCAAGUUCGAGGAAGGCAACAACGGAAGGAUCACUGCAGAAGUUAUCCUUCCUAUUUCGGUUGAUCCUUCCGUGAGAACGGCAAAUAGCCUGGAGAGCUGGAAAACAGAACGAAUGGCAAGGAAGGAUGCGGCCUUCGAGGCUUAUAAGGCCUUGCAUUUGGCCGGACUUGUCAACGAAAAUCUUCUCCCUUUCCGAGAAGCACUCGAUGACCAAGCAGCGGAGUUCCAGAUACCAGACAAUACACCGUCGCUUGUAGAGGUCUCUUCGACUUUGGAUCCUUGGCAGAUGAUUGCCAGAUACCAAGAGCGGAAUCCUCAAAGCUAUCACCGAACGCUGCUCGCUCUGAAGGGAUUUAGUCAAGAGCCAUUCUACAUGGUGCUUCUGACGCCCGUCCAGAUGCCGGAAGUCCCAAGCACCCUGCUGUACUGGAAUGAGUCGAAGCGCUUCUCUGUCGAAAGCUCACGCUUAUCUGACGCCGUCUUGACUGAGGAAGAGAUCCACGUCAUGCGUGCGAUUACUCGGAAGAUCCUGUUAUCCGUCUUCCACAGCCGAAUGCAAGAAGAGAGGUAUGAUUUUCUCUGGUUACUCGUACCAGGCGACCUGUCGAAACCCGUAUGGAGUCAUCCCCAGCUAGCCUCGUGGGACAGCGCGACGACCGGAAAGCAAGCGGCGUCUUAUCUCAUGCGAAAUAAUGUGGACGACAUAACACGAUGGGGCUUGGUGACUGUUGAGGGAGACCAGCGUAAGUACAUGCCUAAGAGCAUAUCCCCGGACAGCCAGCCACCAGGCCUUAACCCCGGACCACAUCUCCAGGUCACCAGAACCCCUAGACGACGAGACUUUCUUCAUCCAGUGCUGGACUCAAAACAUGGGAAUGAGGCAUACACUAGGACGGAAGAGUUACUCUCUUCGAAAUGUUUAGUAGACAACUUGCCGGCCAUAUACUCCGUCUUUGCGCUACUCGUACCCUCCGUUCUUUCAAGGUUCGAGGUGUAUAUGAUUGCGGAUACGCUUCGAACAACGCUUCUGGCAUCUAUCUCAAUCAGCUCCAGGGAUCUACCUCUCCUAGUGCGAGCAUUGACGUCGUCAGCUACUGGCGAAGAGGAAAAUUAUCAGCGACUGGAAUUCUUGGGCGACUGUAUGCUAAAAUACAUUGCUACGGUCCAUUUGAUGGCAGACAACCUGACCUGGCCGGAGAGCUUCUUGACUGGGAAGAAAGGGAAAGUCGUCUCAAAUGGGUUUCUCGCUCGUGCCACUAUGUCAGCUAGCUUGGACAAGUUCAUCAUCACCAGACGAUUCACGGGAGCAAAAUGGGCGCCAAGGUACGCUGUUGAGGUGCUUUCGCCUCAGAGCGAGAGUGAGAGGCAGAUGCGGUCAUCGAAGCUCCUCGCUGAUGUUAUUGAGUCCCUCAUUGGGGCUUCCUACAUCUUGGGUGGUUUUGCCAAAGCCUUCGCCUGCGUCCAGACACUCUUGCCACUGGAGAAAUGGACGCCCAUUCCCGAUGCGAACACGAUCCUCUUUGAAGCCGCGCCCGCUGAUACUGAGAUCACCACUCCCUCUAUUCUGGAGUCGCUCAUUGGGUAUACGUUCUGCAAGAAGAUGCUUCUGUCAGAAGCCCUCACUCACGCUUCAUAUACUGGGCCCCACGCCAAUUGCUCAUAUGAAAGAUUGGAGUUCCUUGGCGAUGCGGUACUGGACUAUAUCAUUUCCAAACGGUUGUAUGAGCAUACUCCAGACCUGUCUCACCAGAAGAUGCAUGCCAUGAGGUCGGCUAUGGCCAACGCUGCAUGGUACAAGGCCCAAGAACAAAUUAUGAUUGAACUUGUGCUAACUUUCCUCUCUUUCCGAAUGUUCGAGACCACCGUGCUAGAAGAAAGGAUAGUACCGCCGAGUAUGCACAAGGAAACCCUUCCGAGGUGCUUGUGGCAGUUCCUCAGGUAUAGCAGCCAUCAGCUCGUCAGCUCAAGGGAUGCGGCGAUUAAGCAGCAUGAGGCCGCACGGGGGCAAAUACUUGAAGCAUUGGAACAUGAUAAGAAGUUUCCAUGGCACCUAUUGUCUCUCACCGAUUCGCCAAAGUUCCUCUCGGAUAUUGUAGAGAGUGUUAUCGGCGCAAUCUACAUCGACAGCCAAGGAGAUAUCCACUGCUGUGAGAUCUUCGCCCGGAAUCUGGGUAUUUUGAACUGCCUCGAGCACAUACUCCGCGACGAAGUGGACUGCCUUCAUCCCAAGGAACGUCUCGGACAUCUGGCAGUGGAGAAGGAUGUGCAGUACGUUAGGGUCACAGACAACGAAAGCUCGAAUAGACCAGGAAAGAGGAUGUACAAAUGCCAGGUCAAAGUCGGAGGAGAGAACGUGGGCGGCAUAGUAGAGGGGCUAAAGAGGCUGAAUGCAGAGACGAUCGCGGCAUGGAAGGCUGUGAGGAUCAUGGAGGGCGUCGAUGAUGUAGACAUGGCGAGUGAUGAGGACUGGUUCGAUGCGGAGGAGGGCGGCGGUGUGCCAUUGGAGAUGGAGGUGUAG